UAUAGCAAAACGUAUGUUUGAACAGCGAGGAAAUCCCGUGCUAAUAUACCAUUAAAAUGUUUGCUUACAAGAAAUGUUAAUUGAUUCAUUUAGGUCAGAGGGGCACACUUGAAUCCCCAACAAGUUGGAAAACAACAAUCGGAUGUAUGUAGGUGAUCUGUGGUUGGACGUGAUUGUCACAGUGUACAAGACGCUGGACGUGUUUCGCUUCGUCUCCCCGUCCACACGCACAGCUAUAACGCUCGCAGUUGCCACCACAGAUAACCGAAUGGUUUAAUGAAGAUAUUUCAUUCACGCUUGCACUGGGAGUGAAACGAAGCGUACAUCUCAUUCUGCUCAUCGACAGAGCCGAAUAACAUAGUCACAAUCAGCGACAAAUUGCAACGAUUUUUUGUUCGCUGGCUACAGUUUUGGAAGCUAAUCCAGAGAAGGGCUGCACUUUAGGUUGUGCUAACACUCAACGGCAACACGUGUUAAGGGCCGCUUGUGUCACUGGUCCCUGCGCCUCGCCAUCUAACAGUCAUCAUGGGCCGAAGUGGUUAGCUACCUAACAUCUGCCAGCUAUUGUGUUCGUGUGUUUUACCGGAUUUAGCAUGCUGGAAUCCUUGGUUCACAACAUCACUCACACCUUCGACCGACUUCACAUCGCAUUUCAACAGAUGACACCUUCAAGACAUUCACUUUCCAAAUGCCAGAAGAAUCUGAAGUCUUGUCCGCAAGGACACGCACUCUCCAGCUGCCCGAAUGAAGGAGAGUACUCAUGCAAACAAUGCGGACCUCGGUUCUUCCAACCUAAUGAAAACCGAUUAGGCGAUAAGUGUCGAUGGAGGAAACGGUGUGAUAAGCCUUUCAUGAAGUACAAAGACUUUGGCAGCACAAUCAAAGAUGCCAUAUGUGAGUGUAACCCCGGCUACCAUUUUGAGAACGAGGACCAGAGAGCCUGCGUCCCAAACCGAGACUGCGACAAGGGUUUUGGUCAAGGUGAAUAUGGUGUAUGUGAAAACUGUAUUGAGAAGAUGAUGUAUUCUGAUGUAAAAGAUCGGAGACAAAAGUGUAAACCUCUUCGAAACUGCGAGAAGGAAAGUCGAUGCACGAAAAAGAAAAGCAAUGGCACCUUUGACAAUGAAUGUGGACCUGUAGUUAGAGACAUCAACGACUGCAGCAGUAUUGUAUCUCAAAUUGACGGCCCAGACACAAAACUGAAAACAGCAGUCAUUAUAGGUGGUGUGGCUGGGGCUUUAGUUCUUCUUAUCCUCCUAGUACUGCUGCUACUCUGCAAAAAGACGACACCAGAAGAGGACGCAAAGGGUGAUGUCAAUUUAACAGAGGAUCAACUCGAAGAACUCAAGAAUUUGAUCAUUCAAAAGUGUGAAAAAGAUGAUGAUCUAAGCAAAAAAGUGUUGGAUGAAUCAUUCAGCCAGAUAGAGUCGAGGAUUGAACGACAGGCAUGGGGCCUGGCACAGGACUUGUUCAGAUCACAUCACAUGCCAGGCAAAUACGAAUUAGUUGUGGAAACGUAUAAAGACAAGACGCCACGAGAGACAAUAAAGGGCUAUUUGAGCGAAUGGAAGUCUUGGAAAGGAGAGAACCAUACUGCAGUGACAGAGCUGUUUCAGUGUCUCCGUAACUGUAAACGAGAUGACAUUGUCUAUGAAAUAUGCAACAGUCUUAGAAACGAUGUUGGUGACUUGUGUUUUGACGCUGAUGGUAAUGUGAUUGAAAGUCUCACCUAUAACAGAGCUCAGAACAACUUCUGCCAUGGCAUAACUGACGUGUUUCCAUGUAUUAAAAAGACAGAAAAAACAGAUAUUGAAAAAGGGGAGAAUCUUGAAACAACAAAUAAACUGUUAGAAGCCCAGUCCAACAUGGACCCUCAUACUACUGGCGCCGUGUUUCGGGAGAGAACCUACCCUACUGCUCCUGUGCCCGAUGAGACCAAUGGUCUCCUCACAGAACCUGAAGUGCAUUUCCAUCGCCAGUAUUCCCAACCUGUGCAGGCUACAACAUGAUAUGCCCAAGAAGUACAUCAUCUGUCUACAAGCUGUCACUGCAUUUCCUUCCGUUCGUUAACAUGGAUGUGGAAGUUUAUUGCAGUCUGGAACCUGUCUGCAAUAGUGAUUACCAUUUGUGUUAUUUGCUCACUGGGGAAACGCCCCAUGAAUUGUUUUAUACAGUGUGAAUGGUCAUUUAAUGUGAACAAAUCGCAUCAGGUGUCUACUUAAUACCCACAGACUUCCAACAUAGCAGUGUGACGAGAUGUAGAUUCUAUUACAGAGGAAUACUUUUAACAGUGCAAUAGUUUCACUCUUGAUCUAGCUAGUUAUGGUGAAUGUAAGGCACGGUCAUGAACCGAUGUACAGACAAGUGUGUUAAACCAUGAACAGAACAGUGUUCAAGCGUUCAGUGGUGAAAGAAGUGCCCAUCUUCUUAUAAGAUAUCUUUGCGUGCUAUACAGCAGAAGACCUCCCCUUCCAUCAAGACAGAAAACCAGUCCGGUUGUGAUGAAUGCUUAUUAACAAUAGCACUGUGUUCACUGCACCGAGAGGUAGCAGCGGGUCGUCAUGGAAUACUUGGAAACGUACUAGACGGGAUGGUUUGGAAGAAGGAAGAGGCACUAAACUGAAAAAGAAACCUUUAAGAUAUAAUUGCAUGUUUUCUUUUAUUGCUGGAUAUACAUAUUGAUAUUGGUGUUAAUCUUGGUGUUACAAACACAGACUACAUACUAUUAUCGUCAACAAUGCACAUCCUAGGUUCUGUUUGCUGUUUGGUACUAUGGUGACACAAUUCCUCUUACAGUAACCGUUCCUCUUCGACACAACAGUCACUGUCAAGAUGUCCAUUACAAUGCAUGAUGGUCUCACCAGUCAGUAGGACUUCCUUGGGGUCUUGGUAAUGUAAGAUACCAAAGGAAAUCCGAUAAGACUUGGGCUCCGGUAGGGCAGACAUCGCCCCAAAACAAAGGACAAAGCGCGUACACAACACACAGGCGCUCAUAGAAUGUAUCAAUAUUGUAUAUAUCUACACGCGCACCUGUACAUGUGCUGCUCUGGUAAUAAUGGUAAUGAUGGUAAUAAUGGUAAUGAUCUGGAGUGGAGAUGCAUGCACAGGAAGCAGUGAUACACAUACUCGCUAUCUCAUCUGAAGACCAUCGUGUAAUUGAGGAAGUUCAUGGAGAUGUUGACACUUAUGAAUAACUGUCAAUCUCAACUGCUCGUGUUUUGUGUUCAAACUUCCGACUUUCAUUCUGUAUUCCAUGGUAUAUGUGUCUAUAAAGAUUUACAUGAUACAUCUUUUGUCAUAACUAACUAAACACAAUAUUUACUGAAUCCCAUACAAGAAACAUGAUUAAUAUUUUGCUUCGAUUGCUAAUGUAUUCCACAGUGGAACGAACAGUCUUGGACUUAUUUCAGUAGGUCUCACUGAGAAAUAUGUCUGGUUAACGCCGAUAAGUAUAUUCACACAAUUCUUAUUCUUCAAAUAUUUCGUUUACUUGUGAAAGGCAUCGGGUGACUUUCCUCACUACAUGUUGUCGCAUGUAGAUGAAGAUGUCGUUUGCAUCACAAAUGGUUUAAUGUAACACCGUUGAAACACUCAACUAUCUGAGUAAAUAUCAUUUAAUCAGCCAGGCAACAUAUAUUUCUUCAUUCCCUUACAAGGAAAAUAUCAUGUUAAUGUAUGGAAACAUCUACCAACAACACGGUCUUAGGAUUAUCUGGGCUGCGUGCAUUAACGUUGAAUGUCCCUUCCGGAUAAAUCAUUUUGGUGCUUUCAACACAAGUUAAUGAAUCAAAGGAAUUCAGAUAAAACGUGAUUUCUAGUACCUCCCUACUUCUCUGAGAGUAUAGACCGAUAAUCGAUCUUCCGUUUGUAAUUUGCUCAUACCACCUGUUGUAUCACAUGUUCAUGAUAAUUAACAAUGCAUUUGAAUAUUAUUGACCGAUUUGUUCUUUGGAACUUCGCUAUAUAUCAUUUGAAUUUUCUGAUGCAUUAUAUUAAUGUUAUUGUCAUGUUACAUUAUUUCUUGCGGUCAUAAUAAUGUUUGUAUAUGUAUGCCAAAACGAUGUUUGCCAUAUUGUUUGAAAAACGUUCGCGUGCCCACAUGUUUAUGAAUUUAAGAUUGAUACAAGUCAUGAAGCAUUCAUGACCCACCUACAUGGUAGAUGAAGCCAGUAGUUGAUGCAUACAAUCAGACCGUCUGUGACGUAGCUACAUUAAGUUACAUGUAUUUCAUAAAUGUUUGGGCAUUGAGAAUGGGAAGUUUGGUCUCACAGUCGACACAUUCCGUAGAUUAACAAGACAGUUUUUUACUUCUUCUUUCUGUCAGUAAAGUCCUUUUUAUGAAGGACCAAAUUCUGUUUGUGAGUUUCUAGAUUUUGUCGGGAUCUCUGGCGUUUGAACCCGGUUUGUGUAACAUUCUCGCAUAACUCGACAUUUUGUAUCCUUACGUAAAGGCGAAAUUGAAGUUGAUGAAUGAAUAUGUGGCAAAUGUUUGUAGUUAAACAUGUAAAACUGAUGGUCCCUAAAUGUUUACAUCUGUUCACUGAUUCAGCUGUUAGAAAAUACGAUCUUACAAUCAAUGGCAGUAAGGAAAAGUAAUCAGUUGAUUAAUAAAAACGCCUUGGUCUGGCAAAGCUAACUGUCGUCAUAUACUGCAAGUGUUUGCUUAACUAUUCAACUUCUUUCUACAUAACAGUUUACUUCAUUUGUCAUAUUGGUAUGUACAUGCCUCACUACCCGCGUUGUUUAUUGUGAUACCGUAGUUAUUACGUCAUGUAUAGACCAAAUACUAGAGGUUCAUAUCGUGUACCUUCAUAUACCCUUGUCGGUUUUGUAUCAUGCCAACAAGCGAAUGCCUGUGUUUAUGCAGUACGCAUUUUACAUGCAUAUUGCAAUUUAUGCGUAUGGAAAUAAAGAACUAUUUUUCAAA